UUUUUAGUUUAAAAAGUUUUGGCUUCACUUUUUUUCUUGAUUAUGGAUUUUUUCUGGGGUUCGUAAAUCUCGCGAGAUUUUUGUUUUUUUUAUUGAUUUUUUUUAUUUUUUUUUGUUCAUCUCAUUCGUUUUUUUAUUUUAUUCGUAUUUUCAUUCUUUAUUCGUUUUUUUUCUCACUGCCCCCUUGCUGCGAACGCAAAAAUUUAUAAAAUAAAAUUUAAAAAUUUUGAAAAAUUGAACUAAUUUCCAUCAAUUUGAAGGCCCCAUGGUUGCACUGCGAUGUGGUCCUCAUGGUGGCUCCAUCAAACGGUGAUUUUUUCCCCAUGUUAUUUUAAAAUUUUUAAUUAAAAAAAUAACCUUUUUUAUUUUCAUGUUUUUUCGUCUGGUGGUGCUUGUGGUGGUGGCCUUCAUGUUGGUGGUGGUCUUGGUGCCUUCUAUGGUGGCGGUUUUUUUGUUUUUUUUUUAUAAAUUUUAAUAAAUUUUAUUUUUUUUAUUUUUAAAAAUUUUUUUGUCUUCAUGGUGGUGGUUGCUCUUCAUGUUGGUUGGUGUUGCUCUGCAUGGUGAUGGUUGCUCUACAUGAUGGUUGGUGGUUGCUCUUCAUGGUGCUGUUCUUCAAUGCAUAUGGAUGCUGGUGUGGUGCUGCUGUCAAUGCUGGAGUGGUGCUGCUGUCAAUGCUGGUGUGGUGCUGCUGUUCAAUGCUGGGGUGGUGCUGUUUGGUGGAGGACGCUAGAUCUGGUGGCUCUUGUGCAUCUACUGGCUGCUCGUGUGGAUGGAAUGCUCUUCGUGGUCCCCCUUUCUUCACUGUUGGCCUGAGUGAUCUGGAUGGUGGUGGUGCUUCUACAAUCAAGAAUCAAUUGGAUGGAAAAAUGCGUGAUUGGGAUCCUUGGAAAAGGUUUGGGCAGGGGUGA